AUGAGAAAAUCAAUAAGUACUUCUUCUUAUAGCGGCUAUAAAUUGAAUAAUGAUUCAACAAGAAUUGAAUCGUUUUAGGACUCAACAAGAGUUUUAUAAAUGAAUAUAAGUCAAUAUGAAGAUACAUUGUCACAAGAAGUAUUUAUUUCUUCAGCUUACGAACAUAUACGAGAAGUUAGAGUAUACUGAUUAGUUUAUUACAGGAUCUUAUUUUUAACUCGAGGUAAAGUAUGAAACCUUUGAGAGAAUCAAUAAGCCAAUUAAGAUAUUAGAUUCAGAGCAUAGAAUAUUAAUAAAGGAAGGAUUAGAUUAACUUAGAGUAUGAUAUCAGCUUAAGCAUACAUAAAUUAAAAUAAGUAAGCCUUUAAUGGUCUUAUUCAAGAAAAUAAAUUAAUUUGAAGUUGUUUAAACUGGAGAAUUUGUCUUGUUACAAGAUUAAAUAUAGAAACUGCAACAUGAAGAUUAAGAAAUUAUUUAGAAUAUUGAUACCUUAGAAAUAAGAAUAAUAGAUUUAGCACCAUAAAUUGGGCAGUACACAUAUUAGCAUUAUUAAUAAUGAG